GGCCUUGCGCGCUGGAUUUUGAGCACGCGUCUGCCCGGGGCUGAACCCUGACGCGGCUGCGCGGCAUGGCGCAGCUGGAGGGCUACUACUUCUCGGCCGCCCUGAGCUGCACCUUCCUGGUGUCCUGCCUGCUCUUCUCCGCCUUCAGCCGUGCUCUGCGCGAGCCCUACAUGGACGAGAUCUUCCACCUGCCGCAGGCGCAGCGCUACUGCGAGGGCCGCUUCUCCCUGUCGCAGUGGGAUCCUAUGAUUACUACGUUGCCCGGCCUGUACCUGGUGUCAGUUGGAGUGGUCAAACCCGCCAUCUGGAUCCUUGGAUGGUCUGAACAUGUUGUCUGUUCCAUUGGAAUGCUCAGAUUUGUUAAUCUUCUCUUCAGUGUUGGCAACUUCUAUUUACUGUAUUUGCUUUUCAGAAAGGUACAACCCAGAAACAAGGCUUCUUCAAGUAUCCAGAGAAUCUUGUCAACAUUAACCCUGGCACUAUUUCCGACCCUCUAUUUCUUUAACUUUCUUUAUUAUACAGAACCCGGGUCUGUGUUCUUUACUCUUUUUGCCUACUUGAUGUGUCUUUAUGGCAAUCAUAGGACUUCAGCCUUGCUUGGGUUUUGUGGCUUCAUGUUUCGUCAGACCAAUAUCGUCUGGGCUGCCUUCUGUGCGGGACACAUCAUUGCACAGAAGUUCAGUGAGGCCUGGAAAAUUGAGCUGCAGAAGAAGAAGGAAGAGAGGCUUCCCCCUGUGAAAGGACCAUUUUCAGAACUCCGAAGAGUUCUUCACUUUCUCCUGGUGUACUCCAUGUCGUUUAAGAACCUGAGUAUGCUUUUCCUUUUGACCUGGCCCUACAUCCUCCUGCUGGCUGCAUUUCUUGUUUUUGUGGUAGUUAAUGGUGGGAUUGUUAUUGGUGACCGGAGUAGUCAUGAAGCCUGUCUUCAUUUUCCUCAGUUAUUCUACUUUUUCUCAUUUACUGUUUUUUUUUCCUUCCCUCACCUACUUUCUCCUACAAAAGUCAAGACUUUUCUUAGCUUAGUUUGGAAACGUAGAGUUCAGUUUUCUGUGAUUCUGGUAGUCUCGGUAUUCUUUGUUUGGAGAUUCACUUACGUCCAUAAGUAUUUACUGGCGGACAAUAGGCAUUACACGUUUUACUUGUGGAAAAGGGUAUUUCAGAGACAUGAAAUUGUGAAAUAUUUAUUAGUUCCAGCCUACAUGUUUGCUGGUUGGACCAUAGCUGACUCUUUGAAAUCAAAGUCAAUUUUCUGGAAUUUAAUGUUUUUUGUAUGCUUAGUCACUUCUACAGUUCCUCAGAAACUACUGGAAUUCCGUUACUUCAUUUUACCGUAUAUUAUAUAUAGGCUUAACAUACCUCUGCCACCUGUAUCUAGACUUGUUUGUGAACUUGGUUGUUACACAGUUGUUAAUUUUCUAACUUUUUAUAUCUUUCUGAACAAGACUUUUCAGUGGCCAGAUAAUCAGGACAUACAAAGAUUUAUGUGGUAAUGGCAGCAAUAUUUUGAAUUUUAAAAGUAGACUUUCUCCAACAAAUAACUGGGUAAGUAGAAGUGGAACUCCUUUUAGGUAAAUUCAGGGAAGUUGAAUGAAAAGCAUUAAGUUUGAGGCCAACCUAGAAGCCUGACUAAUGACGAGAGAGUGGCUAACAGUUGUCUUGAGAAGCACUGGUGCUGCCAGCUUCCCAGGUCUGGGCACUUUCUGUCUGCACAUGGAGGGUGCUGGGAAAGCCCCACAGCCCUCGAACCAGGACAUCAAAGAAUUGGAAAACCAUUUACAAUGAACUAGCAGUAUUUCUGAGUAAGUGGACAGUUAUUGCAGUAAAUAUAGCUCCGAUCUUAAAUUAGAAUGGAUUUACAGACAUAACAAAUUAUGAGCUAGAGGCUUUGGGAUGUUUAUCUAGGAAUCAGGUUUUUUAAUUAAAAAUGCAGAAGUAGGGAAGCCAUUUGAACUAAUUCCCAAUUUGAUGUUUAUACAGGCCAAAGAUAAACCGUGUUAAUUAGAAUACCUGUUACAGAUAAUCUUUCUGUUAGGUACCUCGGGCUCAUGUACAAAAAUAACUGCAAACCUCACGGCUUAGAACUUUUCCUCACAUACUUAGAGGAGCAGCACCUGGAUUCAGUGCUACCAUAGCUCUCUCCUUCAGGAGAAGGAAAUCCAUUCAUUGUCCCUGCUCAGCUCACUCCAGCAAUUGUUUGGGGUGCUUUAUAUUUGGACAGGUCCCUCCAGUCUACCUGUGUCUUCACAGGGUUGUUUCCAUGGGCUUCUUGUACAGAUAAGGCCUUUGGAUUUAGGGGUCCUCUGAUUCAGGCUGGCUUUACCUGGGGACUCCUGGUUAUUAUCUGUAAAACAUUUUCAAGUCAGGUCCCAUUCACAAGUUCCAGGUAUACAUCAUCUUGUUUGGGGGGAUGUAGUAACUUUUUAGGAGAUGUCCUUGCUAAGGUCUUUUAAGUUAAAGUUUGUCUUUAACUGAGAGACCAAAAUCAAACAAACAAACAAAAGAGGUCUGAAUUCAUAUAAUUUAAAUUGUUCCUCUAGCCAGUCAAACCAGAAGAACUCAGAGGUGAGACGUCAUUGGUUUAGCUUUAUCUUACAAUUUAGGGAACAGUAUUGGAUAUGACUCUGGGAUUUUUUUUUCUUUUGGCUCUGUUUACUGUUUAUUCAUUUUAUUAAAUUCAAGUUUAAUAAUUUAGUAGAAGUUUUUUUCAUUCAACUGUUACUUUAUUACAGACACACAGACACUUGGUUAGUUGUGCGCUGUGACUGUAAACCCAGAACUGUGAAUAGAGUUUACUUUUUAGCCCAGUUUUCUUUCUCAGUUUUACACAUGUACACAUGCACACGCACGCACAAAGGGACCAAAAACUUUGCUUUAAUUGUUGGAUUAUGUUUUCUUUGAGUUUUAAGUGUGUGUAAAUUUGUAUAUAAGUUUAAAAACUACUUGAAUAAAAGUUACACACGUAGUCCUGAGUGGUCAGUUAGCAUAGACCAUCGCUUUGAUAUUUGAAGGUGACUCCAGUAAAACAACGGUGGAGUUGUGAGCAGGCCCAAAGAAGUCCUCCAUUUCUGCCUUCACAGUGGAUUUAUUAUGAUAGAGAACUAAGUCCAGGAAGGUGAGAUUGCAAACACGCAGCUGCUGUCUGCUGCUGCCUUUCAUAUCUAGGAACACUGAGGGAUAGAGGAAACACUUUGUCCCAUGUGAUGAAAGGAGACUGCCUGUACAGGCCCUUCUGAAUUAGACAUUGUGGAGGUCUACAGGGAGACAAGGGAGCAGUCUACACUGCUUUCCAUAAGUAUUGAUAGCAGGACUUGGCAUUCCAGAAAAGGAGGCCAUGAAUUAAAAGGUGCUAUUUAUUUUUUACUAUGAUUUAAAAAUGGAUGUAUGUUGAUGCUUUAUAGGGUAGAUGCUUGGUUAAAUCUUCCUGGGCAGUUGACAAGAAGAUGGUCAUUUGCUGGUGAAUUUCUCAGUCUUUGUCACUAAAUGAGUAUGUGAGAGAAAUGAGCUUCACACAGCAGGUGUCACCUUUGGUUAUUCAAAAUAACAGGUUCAUCUCUGGAAAAUCAUUUCUCUUGGAAAGAGCCUUGUUUUUACAAAUAUUAUAAACUAUGUUUCUGAAAAAGUUUGAACUUCCAAAAAUUAAGUAUUUUUACUUAUUAGACUUAAUUGAAUUUAUUGAUUAAUAAGUGAUUAUAAAGGGGCUCAAUGGUUAAAAGCACAAAGCACCCUUGCAGGGGACACUAGUGUGGUUCAUAACCCUAUACAGGGCAGCACACCAGCCCUGUCAGCUCCAUCUCUAGGAGAUCUCAGACCUCUGGCUUCUGCAGCUACCUGCACUCCUGCAUAUACCUCACUGCCCCACACAUAAUUAAGGUAAAAAUUCUCAAAGGUGGUUGUAGAAAAUGUACCUCUUGCUGAAGGACUUGUGGAGCCCUGCGGUCUUUAUCACUCCUUUUCCAGUAGGGUUGUUUUAACUGUCUCAUUGGAAAGGCCUAGCCUUUAGCUUGAGUAAUCAAGUUAACCAGCUCUACCUUAUGUGAAAAUCCAUAGGCAUAGACUAUCAUUUUCAGAUAUAUUAAUAAGGGUUUGUGUGCAAUGUAUUUUGCUCACAUUUAUGCUUUUCCUGGGUACUCCUUUUAUGGCUGUGCCUCACUAAAUGGUGUGGAAAUAGUGUUCUUUACAUAAUAUGUUCUAGUACGUAAUAGUGAAGGAGGAACUAUUGUUCUCAUAGUUACCUGUGUUUUUCCUGUUAUAAAAUACCCGCUAUAAACUAAUGUCUAUAAUGUAUUUCUAAUGUAAACUUAACUGACGUGACAUUGUGCUCACCCUGAUUGUCUAGAGAGAAGAGAAGGGAUCCUCAGCUUUAAUGUAGAGCUCCUAAAGAGCGAGCAUAUAAUUUAGGUCCACCUCCAAACUACUCAGAUAAAAAGAAUAUAGAUCACUAUUAUCUUUGAAGCAAUUGGAAUGUCUCUAAAUGGUUAAAAAAAAAAAGUGGACAUGAUAUUUUACCUAGAGGAAAUUAAAAUAAGACUGUAGAUUGUACUUGAUUUUGGUUCCAGAAUAAAAAGACAAGUUGUUGAA